CAGGGGGACUUCGGCGCUGGUCCCGAGAAAUGAUGGAGCUAGAGUCGGCCAGUAACCGAGGAGAACUGGGCGCUGUGGGGGACCCGCUGCAGCCGCAGACACCGAGCAGGCAUGAAAAGAGUCUGGGACUCCUCACCGCUAAGUUUGUAACUUUGCUGCAGGAGGCCAAGGACGGCGUACUGGAUCUGAAAGCUGCUGCGGACACAUUGGCAGUGCGGCAGAAGCGGCGGAUCUACGACAUCACCAAUGUGUUGGAGGGCAUAGGACUGAUAGAGAAAAAAUCCAAGAACAGUAUCCAGUGGAAGGGUGUAGGUCCAGGUUGUAAUACCAGAGAGAUAGCGGACAAGUUGGUUGACCUGAAGGCAGAACUUGAUGAUCUGGCUGUCAGGGAACAAGAGCUGGACCAGCAGAGAGUCUGGGUGCAGCAGAGCAUCAGGAAUGUCACAGAUGACUCCAGCAACAGCCCUAUGGCAUAUGUAAAACAUGAGGACCUCUGUGGAGCAUUCAAAGGUGACACCCUUCUAGCGAUACGAGCCCCCAUCGGCACUCAGCUAGAAGUGCCCAGACCAGAAUCUGUUAUGAAUGGACAAAAGAAAUACCAGAUCCGUUUGAAAAGUUCUUCUGGCCCCAUUGAGGUUUUACUGGUUAAUAAGGACCCGUCCAGCGCCUCUCCAGUUGUUUUGCCUGUCCCUCCUCCAGAUGAUGUACUUCAGAGCCUCCCAGCACCGUCGCCCUCCUCCCAGGCUACAAGAGCAGCUACAAGAGCAGCUCCAGAACCAGCGAAAACCAGUCCAUCCACCACGUUAGCCAAUAGCCAGCCAACCUCAGUUACAGAAAUGAAAAGCACCACGCCACUCUCUCCAACCCCAGAGGCUCCCGCUGCCAUUACUCAGCAACUUCAAUCCUCCGCCUCCUUGGAUGGGUCUGCGUCGUCUUCUGCGUCUGCAGCGUUUGAACCAAUGAAGUCAGACCCGUCUGAACUGCUGGACUUUCCCAAAGAACUUUCGGAAAUGUUUGAUCCGACAAAAGAGAUCAUGAGUGGAGAUUUGUUGGAAGACUUGAUGUCAUCAGAAGUGUUCUCGCCGCUUCUGCGUCUGUCGCCUCCACCAAGUGACCAUGACUACAUAUACAACUUGGAUGAGACAGAAGGCCUGUGUGACCUCUUUGAUGUCCCCAUUUUAAACCUCUGACCCAAAGACGGCCAUCGCAGUGGAGAACCCCCUCCAAGUUAAUGCCGCCCUAACUCUCUUCAUGUUCUGUGAAGGUGAGCGUGAAACAACGCAAACCAAAUCCGAGCGUUGACAAGACUCCUUUGAAUGCGGAUUUCAACCUGAGCUCAGCUUUAGCCACAUGAGGAAAACACUGGCAUGAUGAAAACCUUUUAUUUUCAGCUUUUCCAAGAAUCUGAACAACUGAAAAAGUCUAUUUUUGGAUUGUUGUUUAUAUGUGUUACAUCGCUAUAUGUACUUGCAAAUGAAUGUGUGCAGGCUUUACGCCUGUGUGCAUAAUAUGUGAGAUUUUUAAUAAGUCCAGAGUCUUCAUGAGGAAAAGAAAUAAAAUAAAUUUCUUAUCAGGUCCAGAGUCAUGACAACUUAACGGAGAGCAGCCUUUAUCACCCACCAGCUGCUCACACAUGGCUCGAAUCAGUCCAAACGCAGCUGGUUAUAUAUGCACUAUCUUUGUGUACAUACAGAAUAUAUAUUUUGUCUUAGCAGGACAGCAUCCCAGUUUAUUGUCUAACAAGCAAAAUUUGUAGUGCAGAGAAAUAGUGGACAAGUACAGCUAUCAGACUCAAAGUAAACAUCAAAGGUUUUUUAAUCGAUAUAAAUAUGUAAAAAUUGAGGUGUGUUUUUUUUAUUUUUAAUAACCUCACUGUACAAUUGUAUCACUGAAUCCUGUUGCCGUUUCCCUGAGUUCACUAUAAAGGCAAAUGUGCAAAGGACCAAAAAAAUAAUACCGUGGUAAGAGGAAUGUUAACGUUUGACAGAUUUUAUUCUUUUAACAUUUGUUUUUCCCUUUAGGUAGUUGAACAUUGCGGUGUGUUUUUAAAGAAUUUGGAUGUUUUAUUUUUUUGUUUUAAACUAUCUUGCUCAAGUUAAUACACUUGAACUUGACAUGCUUUAUUUUCAAAGUCCUUGAAAGUUAUAUUAUUUAUAUGUAACAUAAGAGAUUUGGCAAAUACCAAUGUACUCCCCUCUGCCAAUUUUUUUUUCAUGAUUUGCCUUGCAGCUUUGUCUAGUAAUUGUCAUGUAUUUUGUUCAGUUGGGUGUAAAAAGCAUGCUUCUUUUUUAACGCAAUGAUGUACUGUUUUUUUUUUAGUUCAUCAUUUAUGCUCAUCAUACAGUAAGUAGAUACACAUUUGUUUUUUUACUCCUUUUGAAAUGAUUCCAUUGCCCUUUUCACCUUUGUACAGUACAUGUACAUGGAGCAGAUCCACUGUUACUGUUUGACAAAUUUAAUCAUUUUACAUGUAUUCUGUCAAAUCCCUUGUGUAUUUUUAUUUCCCAAACACUGCACAUAUGCUAAAUAGAAUAGCUUUUUGUUUUGUUUUUGGAGGGGGGCGUCUGCUAGCUACAUUAAAGGAUUGUUGUGAUGUUCA